CAAGCACACAGUGGCGGGUAUCUUCGCAGCCGAUUUUGUUCGGCCGACUGUUUUUCUUGGUUGCUGAUAUUUGAAAUGCAUCUAUCUCUUGUCUUUAAUUAACUACUAAUGGAUUUACAAACGGUUUAUACGGAAGGACAUGUCUUCAAAGAAAAUAAACUGAAGUUUGCUAAAUAUUCGGGGUUCCCCAGAUAUUCAGAGCUUGUUAAUAUUCAGAAACAGUUUGAUCGACCAAAAGAUGAGAAUGAUUUGUAUCCUGCUCGGAAUGGGAUCCAUAUUAUUCAUAAAAAGAGGAAAGCAGACGACGCCAAUUUGCAGAUUCACGAUGGCUCUUCUGCACCAAGGUUACACCGCUUGCAUGUUCCUUCUUCUCCUAGUGGUCAUUUACAUGGUCAUUUGGGAGCUCAUGUUGGCUCGUUUUUACAGCAUCAGACAUGUACUUACAACGCAUCUGAUAUCUCUGCAAUAAAUGCCCCAAUAUCUGACAUCUCAAGUAGUGCUAUACAGUUCUCUAGCAUGAAUACGCUGCCGGCUGCAACCGCAAAGGCGAACUCAAAGCUAACUACAACUGAAGGUGACUAUGCCAUAGUUGUCGGGGAGAUGCUCAAUUCUGGUGGCGAGGCAUAUGAAGUUCUUUCAUUUCUCGGGCGAGGAACUUUCGGCCAGGUUGUCAAGUGCCGCUGUCGAUCAACGAGUCGUUAUGUAGCUAUCAAGAUAUUGAAGAAUCUACCUUCCUAUUUAAGGCAAGGCAAUAUAGAGAUUCAAAUUUUGCAAACACUGGCUCAACAGGAUACAGAGUCUCAUAAUAUUGUCAGGGCGAUUGAGUGCUUUCAACAUAGAAACCAUAUGUGUUUCGUGUUUGAGUUAUUGGAUCAAAACUUAUAUGAGUAUCUCAAGUCAAAUAAGUUUCGUCCACUGACGCUUCCUGAGAUCCGCCCCAUUUCUCAGCAGGUUCUCACGGCCCUAUCAAAGUUAAAGACUCUUGGUUUAAUUCAUGCUGAUUUGAAACCGGAAAAUAUAAUGUUAGUGAAUCCAAACUCAGAAAACAUGCGUUACAGAGUCAAAGUAAUCGACUUUGGUUCUGCAUGCCAUAGCUCCAAAGCUGUUCAAAAUACGUACCUUCAGUCACGUUACUAUCGUGCUCCUGAAAUCCUUCUGGGCUUACCUUUUGAUGAAGCAAUUGAUAUGUGGUCACUGGGAUGUGUUUUAGCUGAGCUUUUCCUCGGCUGGCCUUUAUAUCCUGGUUCAUCUGAAUAUGAUCAAGUGAGUUCUAAACCUGUUUGUGUUUUGUUUAAGUAUUAG